AUGGCUGAACAGCAACAAUGUUCUUCCUCAAGUGAUCCUGUUGCCAUAGCAACACCAAGUGCUCCUACAGGUGCUGUCUCAACGUAUGAUACAUCUUUAUUGCCAAAGGAAAAUUAUAAUUCUUUGGGGUACUUUCAAAUAGAGAAAAGGAUCGGACAAGGACAGUUCAGUGUUGUAUUUAGAGCAUGUAAUGCGGUAGAUGGUCAACAUGUUGCAUUAAAGAAAAUACAAAUAUUUGAAAUGGUGGACGCUAAAGCACGUCAAGAUUGUAUCAAAGAAAUUGAACUCCUGAAAUCUUUAGAUCAUCCGAAUAUUAUCAGAUAUCUAGCAUCUUUUAUUGAAAAUAAUGAACUCUACAUUGUGUUAGAAUUAGCAGAGGCUGGAGACCUUUCUCGAAUGAUAAAACAUUUUAAGAAAAGAAAGAAACUUAUUCCUGAAAAGACUAUUUGGCGGUACUUUGUCCAAGUGUGUUCUGCAUUAGAACAUAUGCAUUCAAGAAGAGUGAUGCAUAGAGAUAUAAAACCUGCUAAUGUAUUUGUUACAAGUACAGCUGUUGUUAAGCUGGGUGACUUAGGGCUGGGUAGAUUUUUUAGUUCAAAGACAACGGCAGCACAUUCACUUGUUGGAACACCCUAUUACAUGUCCCCAGAGAGAAUUCAUGAAAAUGGCUACAAUUUUAAAUCUGAUAUUUGGUCCUUAGGAUGCUUAUUAUAUGAGAUGGCCGCUCUCCAAUCUCCCUUUUAUGGUGACAAAAUGAACCUGUAUUCUCUCUGUAAAAAAAUAGAAAAAUGUGACUACCCACCUCUUCCCUCUGAUAUUUAUUCAAAAGAACUGAGAGAUUUGGUAAAUAGUUGUAUUAAUCCUAACCCAGAAAUCCGUCCAGAUAUCCAACACGUUUAUGCAGUUGCUCAGCGUAUGAGGACUGUUACUGCUGCCAUGACGACACCCUCUGAAGCAAAUGGAUCUACACCUUCAUAG